AUUUUAAUAAUUAACAAUGGUGCGUAAAAAGAUAGAUAACCGCAUUCGCGUUUUAAUAGAAAAUGGUGUUAAUACGGGACACAGAACAAUGUUUAUUAUUAUCGGCGAAAAAGCAAGGGAUCAGAUUGUUUUACUCCAUCACAUGUUAUCAAAAACUGUUGUAAAAAGUAGACCUUCUGUUCUCUGGUGUUAUAAAAAAGAUUUAGGAUUUAGCAGUCAUAGAAAGAAACGAAUGAAAUCCAUACAAAAAAAAGUGAAAUCAGGAAAAUUGGAUGUUAACGAAGAUGAUCCAUUUGAAUUAUUUGUUGUUUCUACUAAUAUAAGAUAUUGUUACUAUCAUGAGACACAUAAAAUAUUGGGAAAUACAUAUGGAAUGUGUGUCUUACAAGACUUUGAAGCAAUUACACCAAAUUUAUUAGCACGUACCAUUGAAACUAUUGAAGGAGGAGGCCUUAUUGUAUUUCUUUUACAAUCUGUAAAUUCUUUAAAACAAUUGUACACAAUGAACAUGGAUGUUCAUCAAAGAUUUCGUACAGAAGCACACCAAAAUGUUGUUGGUAGGUUCAAUGAAAGAUUUUUAUUGUCCUUAGCUUCAUGUAAAAGAUGUUUGGUUGUUGAUGAUCAAUUAAAUGUACUACCUUUAUCAUCACAUAAUUUAAAAAUUGAGCCUAUACAAAAAUUAACUGUUUCUGAAGAACAAACAGAAUUAGACAUCUUAAAAGACAGUUUAAAAGAUACUCAACCUAUUUCUGCUCUUGUCAACUGCUGUAGAACUAUUGACCAGGCUAAAGCACUUUUAAAAUUCAUUGAAUGCAUCUCUGAAAAGACAUUAAGAUCUACUGUAUCUUUAACUGCAGCCAGAGGACGUGGAAAAUCUGCAGCUUUAGGUUUAGCUAUUGCUGGAGCUGUAACAUUUGGUUAUUCAAACAUUUUUAUUUCCAGUCCAAGUCCAGAAAAUUUAAAUACUUUAUUUGAAUUCAUCUUUAAAGGAUUUGAUGCAUUAGGAUAUCAAGAACAUCUUGAUUAUGGACUUGUACAGUCUACAAAUCCUGAAUUUAAUAAAGCUACUGUACGUGUGAACGUUUUUCGGGAUCACAGACAGACAAUACAGUACAUUCAUCCCACUGAUGCACAUAAAUUAAAUCAAGCAGAAUUACUUGUAAUUGACGAAGCUGCUGCUAUACCACUUCCUUAUGUGAAAGCUAUGCUUGGCCCUUAUUUAAUAUUUCUUUCAUCAACUAUUAAUGGUUAUGAAGGAACAGGAAGAUCUUUAUCAUUGAAACUAUUACAACAAUUACGAAGUCAAACUGCUACUUCAAACAGUCACGAAAAAAGUGACAAACAACAGAAUGAAAAAACAGUUAUUGGGAGACAGUUACAUGAACUUACUCUAGAAGAAUCUAUUCGUUAUAAACCAGGGGAUUCUGUUGAACAAUGGUUAUGCGAUUUAUUAUGUUUAAAUGCUACACAUGCACCUAUAGUAUCUGGAUGUCCGCCUCCUGAUAUGUGCCAAUUAUAUUACAUAAAUAGAGACACAUUAUUUUCUUAUCAUAAAGCAUCUGAAUUAUUUUUACAAAGAUUAGUAGCUCUUUAUGUUGCUUCACAUUACAAAAAUAGUCCAAAUGAUUUACAAAUGAUGUCUGAUGCCCCAGCACAUCACCUUUUUUGCCUUUUGGGACCUAUAGAUUCAAAUAAAAAAUCGUUACCUGAAAUACUAGCUGUUAUUCAAGUUUGCUUAGAAGGUGAAUUGAGUAAAAGUUCUGUGAAUAGUGGUCUUGUCCGAGGACAGAAAGCAGCAGGUGAUCUUAUACCAUGGACUAUAGCACAACAAUAUCAAGAUCAUGAUUUUCCAACGUUAACUGGUGCACGUAUUGUUCGCAUUGCAACACAUCCUGAUUAUCACGGGAUGGGAUACGGCAGUCGGGCACUAGCAUUGUUAAAACAAUACUAUGAAAUGAAAAUACUUAACAUUAGCGAAGCGCCUGCAGAAACACCCACCACUGAAAUAGCUAAAGUUGAAGAUGACAACGUAACUUUGUUAGAAGAGCAAAUUGAACCUCGAUCUUCUCUACCACCGCUACUUCUGAAACUAAGUGAAAGACGUCCGGAAAGUUUGGAUUAUAUUGGCGUAUCUUUUGGAGUUACCGAACAACUUCUGAAAUUUUGGAAACGAGCUAAUUUUGUACCUGUAUAUUUAAGACAAACAUCAAAUGAUAUAACGGGCGAACAUUCAUGUAUAAUGUUGUAUAAGACAAAUUUUGAACAAGAUGAUAGUAAGUGGUUGCAAGCGUAUUGGAAUGAUUUUCGACGACGAUUUAUAAAUUUGCUUUCUUACUCGUUUAGUACAUAUUCAGCUUCAUUGGCUUUAAGUAUUUUAAUCAAUAAAUCGGUCACACCAGAGAUUACAACAAUGACGAAAGACGUUUUAGACAUAUAUUUUUCAUCAUAUGAUCUAAAACGCUUAGCUAUGUAUAGUAAUAACAUGGCAGACUACCAUUUAAUAAUGGAUUUAUUACCAUCAUUGGCACGUUUAUAUUUUCUAAAUAUGAUGAAUGACGCCCAUUUAUCACCUGUGCAAUCGGCAAUCUUAUUAGGAUUAGGUUUACAACACAAAACUGUUGAUAAAUUAGCAGAAGAGUUAGGUCUACCGCCGUCACAAUUACUCGCAUUGUUUAAUCGUAUUAUAAGAAAAUUUGUGCAGUAUCUUAAUGGAAUAACAGAAAACUUUAUUGAAAGUACUAUGAUGAAGAUACAAGGGACCAAUGAAAAUAUAAAACUUGACCCUGUCCAUGGAGAAAGUUUACACGAAGAGUUAGAAACUGCAGCAAAGGAAUUGAAAGCUAAACAACAGGCUGAGUUAGCAAAAUUGAAGAAAGAAAAUUUAGAACAAUUUGCUAUCAAGGGUUCAGAGGAUGAAUGGAAUAAUGUACUUUCUGGAAAGAAAGCUAAGAACCUCAUAUCUAUAAAAAGUGGCGAGAAAAGAUUAUUAGAAGAUAACAACGCUUUGGAACAUCCAAAGAAGCAAUUCAAAAAGAAGAAAAAACCUUCUUUUAAAACUUAAUCACUGUAAAACGUUUUUAAGCACAAAUAAGAAAAUAAAUAAGAAAUAAGAAUUA